GAAGGCAGACUGAAGCCGAUGUGAGUCUGAGUCAGAGGUUGCGCGUUGCCUGGAACUGUUCGUGUGUGCAAGUCCACUGUUGUUUGUUAUUGUGUUUGUUGUGAAAGAUAUCUAUGUGAACUUGACCGGUGGGGCAGGGGGCACCGAAUAAGUAUUUGACGGCGCUUGGGUCUGUCUCCCAGCGCUGGGGUUUGUGACGCAUUCUAGCUGUUCAAAUACAGUGCUUGAGGUGUUUUUUAUUGUGUGCUGUUGGAUUUGAGGCUUCUUCGGCUUGACUGACAAACGAACUGUGGGACAAAGGAACUGGUCGGCCUCAGUGAAGAAGCCAGGAGUUGCUAGGCAACCGAGCUCAAGCCAUAGCAACCAACCCGUCCACCGUCCUCCUAGGUCAGUGCUGGCAAUAUUCGUCUGUAGAAUAAGAAGUGUCUAGUGUUCAAUAAAAGUGUUCAACCUCAGCCCGAGUGGUAACAGGGGUCAAGUUCCACCAAAUAGAUAAUUCGUGUGAAACAUUGCAGUUUAUACUUCAUCAGAUUAGUUUGGAGAUACGGAGAACAUCAGGAAGGAUUAUUCUAGCCGACACAAUUACUGAGGAUAUUGAUGUCUCGGAGAGCUCCUAAUAAAAGGGGCGAUGAUGUACAACGUUCACUGGAGCUGCUGGACCGCGUAUUGUCGGAGUUCGACGACCUAGAGAACGGCAACCCGCCAGUGGGGGGCGGCAACGGUAACGGCAACGGGGGUGGCAAUGGAGGCAACGGCGGGGGUGGCGACGACAGUCCGUCGUUGCAUUCCGAAGAUGACGGCUACAUGAGCAUGAACGGACGCCGGGCGAAGUUCGUGCUGAAUUUGCGGCCUCAGGUGCAGAUGGGACCCGGGGGCGGCGGACUGCCUCUGCCUCCUGAGCCUCCUCCUCCCGAUCCGCCGCCUCCUAACCUCUUGCGCCGCCUCACCAACGCCCCCACCACUGCCUCCGCCGAUAGCUUACAGUUCCCACCCCCACCCGAAGAGGCUGAACGGAUUAUCUCCACACUCCUUCCACGCGUUUCCCCCGGUAACUCGAGUAAACGUAGCACUAAUGGCUUCAGAAGGCCUUACAACGGAUCACUGAAACUAGGCAAUGGAUACAAUGUAGAGGACCACCAUGUCACAACCGCCACACAAACAACAUUGCCAAAAACAAGACACCAGAGGCCCUAUGGAUGGGAAAAUGGACCGACGAUUCCUGCCAACUACCAUCCCAAUCACCAACCAGUGAAUCCAGCUGUCAGAUUUGGCAGUCUACCUUAUGACGGCUCACUACAGUGGUUAAACCCUCUCCCUCCUAGGACGUUACCAACGGCCAUGGACAGGCAUCGAGAGGUGAGGAGGCGAGUGGGAGGAGGCGGCGACGAACCGGCGGAGGGUGGAGGGGAAGCGAUUACGCAGCAGCUGAGGAUAGUGACAGAGUCGUGCGACGACGAUGCUGCCAACUUCUCCGACGACUCGCUGGAGGAGUUGCUGCCGCCUCCGCCACCGCCUCCGCCCCCGCCGCUCACCAAGCGCGGCUCCAUCGCCUGGGAGGUCCCCCUCGACGGUGACGACGAGGCUCUCCUCACACCUGGCUCCACCAAGGUCAUUGGCCGACGGCGGAGGCGGUCCACCGAUAGGUCAAGUACAGGCUCAAUGACGCGCUUAAAGGACCAGGACGAGUGGCCAGACCCGCCGACGGGAACGGAGGACGGCUCGCUGUCGCCGUUCAGCGACUCGUCGCACCUGGAGUCGGCGCCGCGUCAGGAUGACGACUCGUCGCUUGUGACGCUGCCGCCUGAGCUGAACGCCGCCGACCUGACCGCAGGCGGCACCUACGUGAUCCGCAAGGGCCGCCGCAAGGAGCGCAAACCGCUGCAGCCCGGUGCCGCAGCCGCAGCCGUGUCGCGCGCCUCCAGCAAGAGCAGCAUCAACAGCACCAGCCACAAGCACCGCCUGUCGCCACCCAAGUUCGGCGAGAUGAAAAGAUGCAGCUCGACGUUCGACAACAUCAAGUCGCUGCUGAAAGAUGGUCUAAUCGAAGGACUGGACGACGACCCGCCAGACUUUGCGCCUCCCACCCCUCCCCCGGCCCUGCUCAAAGUGGUCUCCCUGCCCAGUCUGCUGGUCGACGACAACACCCCCACCCCCUCCACCCAAACCAACACCCACCGCCGAGACAGAACCAUCAAUCGAACAGUCAAGCACAAAUCUCAGGGUAAAACUGUUGUAGAUAGCAUUAGUAGUAAUAAGGUGUCAAUAGACGUCGGUGUCCAAGUCACGGACGAUUUCUCAAACUCUGAACCGUCCAAAAACGAACAAACACAAAGUGAAAACUCGACUGCGGUGACCAAAGCCGAGAUCAGCACACAAAUACAGCCCGAAGAACUUUGUGAACUGAUCGACGAGAAAGUCAGCAGCGAUGUGGCUGUCGAGGUCGUCGAUUUGUCUCUUGUAGAGACCGAUACAACACAGCCGGAGAGCAAGCAAUCAAAAAUACCUGACGAAUCAAUUGUGAUAUCCGAAGUGAAUAAAGAUGAAUCAGUUGUGAUAUCUGAACCUGAAAAGUCUGUCGCUGAUCAUGUGGAAGCAGAAUCAUUGGUUCAGUCGGAACUUAUCGUUAGACCUGUAAGAAAAAGUAUAUCCCUCGAAGAGAACUGUGUGUUCAGAAAAGCAUUACCUCUGGAGCCUGAAAGUUUUUAUGAAAAAGAUUUGCCGUUGGAGCCUGAUAGUAUUGAAUAUGACAAAGCCUUACCAAAGGAGCCCGUUGAAGUUUAUGAUAAGGAUCUGCCUUCGGAGCCUGAUAUGUAUGAUGAAAAGAGUUUGCCGCCUGUACCGCCACCAUCGUCAAGGGAGAGUGACGUCGACUCGUUGAGUGGGAGAGAGCUGGAGGAGAACGAGAAGAACUCGACAGGAACUAUGAUAAUGCAUGUUGAGAUAGGCAAGGAGAAAUCUGUGUUCAAUCCGUGGGACAAGUCGAAGGAAACGCCGGUGAUUCCUGUGCUUGAGGAGGACAGGAAGUUGAAAAUUGAGGAUGAUUGCGAGGAUGAGAACGAGAAGCGUGAUGAGUUGAAGAGUGAGAAGCCCCCGGCUGACUUCAACGUGAAGGUGGAAGUGCUGCAGCACGAGUUCGGUCCACUACCGCCGUCUCCGGUGGAGGAGGACGAGGACGAGUACGCGGACAUCCUGCGGCCGAGCCCGGUUAAGACGGACGAGCCGUUCUACCGGUGCGUGGAGCCACCGGCCAGCGAUCCCAUCGGGUCGCGCUUCCUCAACCGGCCGCCUGAGCCGCCCCCGCACCGCGACGCCACCUCCAGUCUCAAGACGCGCUCCAUGGACGCCGGCUUCACGCGCAACCACAACAACCAGCACUCGGCGUCACGCAAAGAGAUUCCAUCGGAACGACGGACGCUGCCGUCUGAGCUGCCGGGGCCGUCGCGACGCCGCACCUUCCAGAAGCGCACCAACACAUGCGGCAGCGGCAGCGGCCAUUCGCCGCGGGACGAGGGGGGCCAGGGGGGUCGCAUGCACAUGCAGGUGUCCUGUUCGCUGCCCGAGACGCCCAUAUUCGCGCGCGGCUGCGACAUCCCACGCACGCCGCUCAGGCGCACGCCCGAGGUGACGCCAGGCAGUGCACGCACGGCUCCACGGCCAGGCGGCCUGCAGACGACGGGCAGCUACCGGCUGACGGCAGGUGCGGCCGGCCACGGCACGGUCGGGUCCGGAGUCAGUCUGGGCCAGGCGAUGGUGGGCGCCGAACUGUUGCGCCUGAACGGCGGCCCCGGGCGCGGCUGGUACCCCAGGCACCGGCAGCAGCCUCGUCCCGCCUCCGUCGAACACCUCGACCACCUGGCUCGCUCCGGCCUUAGCCCAGGCCUCCUCUCGUCGCCGCCCGCCAGCGCCUGGGACGCCUCUCGCAAGCCGCUCACCCUCCCGCCCAACCUCACGCCCAAGUUCUUCCAGCGGUCGCCGCGCGAAGCACUCAGGCGCGUCACCAGUCUGCUCAUUCGAAAAGGAAACAGUUCCAAAGACCAGAAGAAGGAAGUUCUAUCGCCUACACAAGGUGGUGAACCAGGAGAUGGCAGACAAAAGCGAGGCUUCUUCAAGAGCUUCUGGAAAAAGUCCAGACAAUACUCCCUUGAACAGCAAUAGCAUUCCCCUUCCCCCUGCUGUGCCGUCUCUUUCUUCUGCAACAAGUAGACGUCCAAACAUGUUGUGCAACCACAUACCGCAACACCAACACCAACACCGUGCUUUCUGUCAGAUGACAUGAAUUUUGAAUGAGUAAAUAUUUGAAAUGUGAUUCUGUUAGCAACUGGAGCCUGACAACUGAUAAAUGAUUAUCUAAAUGUUGGAUGAGUCGAGGUCAAUUUACACAAAAUUAUUAUUGGAAUUCCAAUUCCAACAUUCUGUCUGCUUCAUUACUGUAGAACAUCUCGUGAUGUGAGAUUUGGUAUUCAACAUUGUAUAUAAAACGCUGCCUAAUCUCAACUUCAUCACUUUUCUUAUUUUGUUUUUGGAGAUGCACACAUCCAAUGAAAUCAAUAGGAACUUAUGUUUAGGUAAAUCAAUGUUUUUUAUGAAUCUCAAGUAGCUGAAUUAUCUUAAAAUGCGACAGCAGUAUUCAAUAUUGGAUAUAAUUUGUUUUUUAUUCAUUUUAUUUGUAUUUUAAUUAAUAAAUUUAAAAUUCUUAGCUUCUCGUGAGGUUCUGUUGAAAGGAAGCACUAUUGCGUUCACUAGCACGUUCUUAUAGUAGUACUAAUUAUACAGUUACUGGGAUAAAUGAUGAAUAAUUGACCGAGCGAAGUGAGGUCUAAGAUUCAAGUCGACGGUUUGGCAUUUCUCUUAAUGUUUAAAUGUUUAUAUGUUGCGCAUUUACGGCGAAACGCGGUAAUAGAUUUUCAUGAAAUUUGACAGGUAUGUUCCUUUCUUAAUUGCGCGUCGACAUAUAUACAAGGUUUUUGAAAAUUUUGCAUUUCAAGGAUAAUAUAACAGGAAAAAGGAGCCUCCUUCAUACACCAAUAUUAGAGUGAAAAUCAGACUAUAAAAUUAUUCAUCAUAAAUCAGCUGACAAGUGAUUACACAGAUGUGUGGAGAAGCCAGUCUAUUGCUGUAUUUCCAUAAGGUCUAUAGGUCUAUAUUUCUAAGGUCUAUCCAAUCAGGUACUUGUGGAUAAGAAUACUGCGUGAGGUCUACUGUUCACAGAACUACUAGUACCAUAUCAGGCUUCAGUUUGUAUAAAAAUCACAUUUCGUGGAAAAACGCAGAUAUACAGUUAUGAAUUAAGAUGAAUUGAAAUAAAAUGCAUUAAAGUAAAAUAAGCUACAUUAUAAGGAAUAAACCAAUAAGAUUUUAUAUCGCAUACAAAGAAGGCAAUAUUGAUUGUGUAAUUUUGAAGAUUGUUUUACCUGCAAAGCCAUUCAAGUGUGUUUGACAUGAUAAGGAUUCAAGUGUUAGAGAGACGGGCCAUACAGUGGGAGGGAGAGAGAAGAGAAUGUAUUAUGUAGAUUUGUUUUCGAUUAUAUAGGAAAAAGUCUAGAGAGCCGAAUUUUCUUUAUGGUAGUUAAGUGUUGAGUAAUAUUGUUAAUUGUGACUAUUAUUAUCUUAAUAAGUUGAUAUCCCAACUUAUUUCAUCCUAUUAGAGAAAAUUAAUGGCCUAAUCUGCUGCAAUGUAGUUUGAAAGUAACUCACAAUAAUAAUUUAGAGUAUCUUAUGACCUUUUUCUGAUCAAUUGAUUGCCAUAAGCGUAACACGUUUAAAACGAGGGCAAACAUAGAGUUUUUCACUAGUCAACAAAGUAUUAGUUUUCAACUAACACUAAGAGGUAACUUGGAAAAAAUAAUCAAUUAAUGGUUUAUGUAUGUACAUACUCGACCCUCAUGCUGUUAGUAAGGCUAAUACUAACUAUGAAAUACAGAGUUAGUUGUUAUUUAAUGUAAGUGAUUUGUAAGAUGGUCAGAGAAUUCUAUAAGUUUUUAACAACAGUUAUAGAAGCAGUUUGUUGUUAAGAAUAGUACGAAAUUCAUCUACGUUUUUACAGAUUUUCUAGUUUUGAAUGUGAAUCAAAUGUGUGGAGGAACGUAAUUUAUUCAUCGAAUAUGUAGAGUAAUUUUUUUAACAUCCCCUCGACAAAUGUUACACACCGGUACCGGUACCGUAAUCAAUUGCUGAUUGCUGAAUGUUGAUACAAAUCAUCUAUUUAUUUUCAUUAAUAUAACCGUGGUCGAAUGAAUGCCAAAAACGAAUAAGCUACAUAUUGAUUAACAAAUAUGAAAUGUUGAACUAUCUUUUAAAUAGCGUAAAAAUUUUGAAAUUGAAUGUGGAUGCUUUUCUCUUCCUAUAUUGGUAGAUAUUGGUACCUUAUUACGGUACUACGGAUUCAGAAUCUCUGUAGAAAUUAGUUACCGUUUGAGGUAUCUAGUCAGCGGGAAUGUUAUACUCGGACAAAGGAUAGUAAUGUUCUAUCGUUCAGUUCCCACGACCCACGAUUGCAAAUGAAAUACUAGUAUAAAAUUAUUGAUGAUUCGUCUUGUUUCUAUUAAUCGCCUUUGUUAGUAGUUGAGUUAUAAACGGUCACUUGUAUGUUUGACAAAACCAGUGAGUAUAGAAUGUAUAUGUUAGGUAACAUUUAUGAGUAUAAAAUGUUACAUUCUAUACUCACUGGACAAAACUUGUUAAUCGAGAGAAAUUAAAAUCUUCUAGAGCUUAUAAAUUGUUUUCUCACGAAAUGAAUUUUUAUUGAGGAAUUUUUGAACGUCAACUUCAAAUUGCUAAUUCAAGUUGGACGUUACAAUAGAGAAUGAAUGAAUAUAGGCUACCUAGGCGAGUGCUUUACUCUAGAAGGCACCAUACUUUAGCCUACUUUAUAGUAAUUUUAAAGCAUAAUCUUGAAUGUUUUCUCUCUGACGUAAAUCAACUUAAGAUUACUGUAGAAUCUAAUGUGACUUUCGAAGCUGUUCCACCUAAAUUCUGCUAACACUGCCAAGAUGCCACUAAUGUUCUUACGUGUUGUAAAAAAUUACCAGAACAAUUUAUGAUACUUACCUAUUGAUGUAAAAAAUGUGUAAAAAUGUUUUGUUGGUGAAAUAUUUUACUAAUAUUGUAUUAUUUUUUUUGAAAUACUGGUACAGGUACAGAAUAGCAAACUAGCCAAUUUAUAAAAUGCUUUUUUACAUGUAAAUAUUCAGAAAGCUAUUCACUUAGUAGUUAAGAACUUUUAACAAAUUUGAACACAAAAGCUCAUAUUUGGUUGGUCAUGCUCACCAGCUUGCCACCUAUCUAUAAGGUAACCUACCUUAUGAAAAUUCAAAAAAUUGAAGUUUUGAUUAUCAUGCAUUUCUCAAGUUUUACAUUAUUUGAUGUUUUAUUUCAAAUUAAAGAUACAAUUAUUGAUUAUUUAAACUUCUAUUCAAGUAUUUUAAUAAUUUGUAUUGAGUAAAUGAGACAUAUUUUAAUGCUCGUUUCGUAAGCUAGAACCAUUAUAAUGCUAAGUUUAUUGAAGAACUCGCUAGUUUUUGGCUAUUUCGUUGUACACUAAGGCCCGGUUGAAUUUUAACCGUGAUUAAUUUCACGAGAACCUAUCAGAGAAGCCGUCUUUUCAAAAACACCUUCUCUGACUGGUUCUUGUGAAAUCAAUCACGAUUAAAAUGUAAUCGGCCUUUGUGCAACCGGGGGCCUAAGCAUGAACUACUUUCCUAUUUGAUGAUCAUUGUUGAAAAAGUUCGACGAUAUCAAAUAGACCACGAAGACCAUUUUUUCAACGCUUUUUCUCACUAGUAAAAGAGUAAUAAUUUAUUAAAAUUUGUUUGUGUAUUUUUUAAUUAAUAAAUGCCACAGAAUGUGUUUUAUCAUCGAAAAGUAUCCAGAACGAUCCUACAGUAAGAUUUAAUUAUUUCGGGUACCUAGCCUAUAAAUUUAUAGAAAUUUAUCGAUAAAAUUAAAUUUGACACAUGUACAUUACAAACAAUUAUAUUUCAGUCAUAAUUUAAGAAAGCAUUAAUAUUUCUACAACCAAUGUAAAGGAUACGAGAUUACCAUCAAUGUAGGAUCUCAAUCGGAGGGUUCCAUAGUAUCGGAAUAUUGUAUUGUAUUAGUAGGUAUCAAGUUACUUGUUCAGCAUUCAGGUGCAAGUAUAUGCAUAUUCUCCACGACAUGUGGACAUGUGUGUAUGGAUUGUAGUACUGUGGUAGACAGUACUCUAUACAACAUAAUUAUAAUUUAUUGUGGAAAAGUCAUUGUCAAAAUCUAAUUCAGAAUGCAGUAGUUGGUUACCUAUGUAUUUGCGAACGAAUGAUUGUUGAUAGCAAUGAAUUAUUGAUUAUCGAAUGCACUUCAUGUAUAUUGAUAAUAUUGUAGAUGAGUUAAUUAUAGUUGAGCAAGUUGUGUUUGAUUCAGUGUAUCAUCACCAACUCAGGUGCAAUAAGUAGAUAAUUUUCAUCGAGAACAAAAUUUUGCAUCUUUAGCUAGAGUUUUUCACAAGGUUUUAUACUUGUACAUCAGUUAGUUAGAUGAGAAAAUAAUGAUAAAUUACAUGUUUUUUAUAUUUAUAAAUCAUGAUAUAAUUAUAAAUAAUAAUUUUACAAGUAAAAUUACACGAGAUUCAUCAAAAUAGCGGGAAUUUGCUUUUUGUACUAACGGUAAAACAUGAUUUGAGUGUUGUUAGUAUGACGGAAUGUUCGUUCAACAUCAACUACAGUACCUACGUUCUUGAAACCAUUCAAUUUGUAUAUUGUAACUACAUACUACAUCACUAACAUCAAUUUAAGAAGAAUUAUCACAUUAUCAAUGAACAAUGUAUUUUUCUUAUUGUAAAUAAACAAGUAAUGAAAAUA